CGACGAAAAUAACGCUGUUUCUAGAAAGGAUGAAGUUUUCAACAAAAUUGAAAUGUAUCUGCACAUGCACAUAUCUUAUCAAUCAUUGUGCAACGAUAUUGGUAGUUGAUAACAAUGUGCUGAAGCAUGAUUCUAUGUAUAGAAACAUGCUACCAAAGAACGAAACUGUGUACGUGUUAGAAACACAACUAAAGGUUAGCCGAGUUCAAUGUGGUCUUCGCUGUUUAUUACACGACAAAUACUGCGCAGGAAUGCUGUACAACAAUGCCACAGAACAUUGUAAAAUUGUGAAGUCUCGCCUUAAUGAACAGUCAGUUGACAGGAGUCAGAUAGAAAUAGGAUGGGAAUUUUUUGUGCACACCAGUGGCUGUGAAUCAGGAUGGAUACUGCAUGAUGGCCAUUGUUACAUCUCUAGUCCAACCACUAUGAACUGGACGAACGCAGAACUGCACUGUAAGAAUCUCGGUGCUAACAUGGUUACCAUAGAUACUGAGGAAGAGAACCAAUGGAUGAUGGAUGUUUUUGUGCCACCUUGGAAUUCUACUGCCUGUUCGGAAAUAUGGAGAUGUUGUAAUACCUGGAUAGGGUUAAGUGAUAUAGAUCAAGAGGGUCUGUUUACCUGGACCCAGCAAAGAAGUACGAUGUAUUGGAACUGGAACACGGGUGACCCGAAUGAUGGUGGUGGAAAUCAGGAUUGUGCAGCUCUGUGUCAGAAUGGAUAUUGGAUUGAUCGCAAGUGCACUUUCACUGCUACCUUUGUCUGUGAAAAGGAUUAAGAUUUAAAGUUUUUUAUGUGCCCAAUAUGCACUUUGCCACUCUAUGGUAACAAUGACCUAGCUGGGAUCUUCUCGACUGGAUUGCUUAAGACUGAUAAAAAUCAUAAUAGAACAGUGCAUAUAUUAGUUAGAGAAAAAAACUUUUUUGAGAGAAACUUUUUAAGCUUAAUCAAGUUACAUUAAGUGUAUUACAUUAGUGUAUUAAGAUUUUGUCGGUUAUCAACCUUCCCUGGUAGAAUCAUCGUCAUCUUAAUCUGAACAAGAAUCAUUUGCUUACAUGUAGCAUAUUAAAGUUAUUAAAUAUUCAAGAUAUUCAUAUACUCAGUAUAUGGGAAA